AUGGAAGAUUUUCACAUUAACAACAGCGUUGAGAGCGGAAACCAUGAUAACUACGAUAUAACAGACUAUCGGACUGGCCAUUUUGUCAUGCAUGUGCUGACAUGUAUCAUCGUUUCCAUCGGCCUUCCUUUGACCCUCAUGACCAUCUAUGCUCUAUACACUCUGGUACGAAAGGAUCAUGUCACUCCAAUCUAUGCCAUUAACCUCCUUAUUUCUGACCUCGUUCAGCUCUGCAGCAUGAUCGUUAUGGAGACAAAACCUGAGAGUGAUACGUUUUAUGAGACUGUCUUUUAUAUUUAUCAUUGUGGUCUGGUGACUAGCGUUGCCUUCAUGGUGUGUGUCUCACUGGAAAGAUAUUUGGUCAUCGCCCAGCCAAUCUACUACCGCUUCACACGAACCAUCUGGGUGUCUGUUUCGGUCAGUGUCGGGAUGUGGCUCAUAACGCCAGUCUAUUUUCUGACGGUUUUCCCCUGGGUGUCAUUUAAGGUGACAGAAACAGUCUUUUCUGCCUUCCUCAUCAUUCCCUUCCCACUCCUCAUAUUCUUUGUAGUUGGGACCCUCAGAGCUCUGUCCACCUGCACCUCUGUCCUCUCUGAAGAAAAACACAGAAUCGUGGGAAUCCAGGUGCUGGUGCUGCUGAUUUACAUACUGCUGUUCCUGCCUAGCAUGAUUUGGCCCUUAGUGAGAGAGACAGGCUUUGACAAAACUCUAAACCACCUGUCUCUGAUGUUUGUAAAGCUUAGUCCUCUAGCUGACUUAGUACUGUAUGUCUUCAUUAGAAAAGAGACCAUCAGCAAGCUUUUGGCUGCUUUAUGCUGUUGCAAAAUGGAGAACAGUGACGAAAACGUUAACACUAUCAAUGUUGACGAGAUUUAG